AUGGCCGGCGGAAUCGUGACCGUGGCCAGCGGGGUGAUUAACCCCCUCAUCGGCAAGCUUACCACACUCAUGGGCGAUGAGUACAAGAAGUUCAAAGGAGUGAGGAAGCAGGCCCCAUUCCUGCAGAAGGAACUCAACGCCAUGAAUGCUGCCCUUCACAAGCUGGAGCUCAUUGAUGAGAUCGAUCCAACUGUUAAGGAUUGGAGAGAUGACGUCAGGGAGAUGCCAUACGACAUGGAGAAUUGCAUCGAUGACUUCAUCCGCCAAUCUCGAGCUGAUAAUGCCAAGGGAGGCUUCAUCAAGAAGACUGCUCGAUGCAUCAAGAAGUUGCGAGAGCGCAUUCGGAUUGCGCACCAGAUGGAAGACCUGAAGACUCUUGCCUUAGAUGCAAAGGCUCGGCACGAGAGGUAUGCAAUUGAUGAUUGGAAGCCUGCCUCUGGCUCUGUGGUUGUUGAUCCUCGGUUGAGGGCGGUCUACCAGGAGGCAGAUGCUCUAGUGGGCAUUGAUGGCCCAAGGGAGGAGAUUGCCAUGCGGUUGAUGGAUACUCAGAAGAAAAUCAAGGUGGUGGCCAUCGUGGGUUUCGGUGGUCUUGGUAAAACUACACUUUCCAAGCAGGUUUACGAUAAGAUUGACUUACCAUUCAAUUGCAAGGCAUUCUUUUCAGUUUCACAGAGGCCUCAUAUGGCUGAACUACUCAACAAUUUCCAACUUAAACUAGGAAUGAACAGUCCGAGUUCAUCUCACACUCGCAAGGUUGAAGACAUGAUUGAAGAGAUAAGGGGGCAUCUCAACAAAAAGAGGUACCUUAUUAUUAUUGAUGAUGUGUGGGAUGAAUCCUCAUGGAAUAUUCUCAAGUGUGCUCUUCGCGAAGAUAAUAAUGGAAGUAGAAUAAUAGUUACAACACGAUUGGUAGGUGUGGCGAGUGCAGCCUGCCAGAAUGACUCUGAGGGAAUUUACAGACUGAAACCCCUCAAUGAACAAAACUCAAGAAUGCUAUUUUUGAAUAGAAUAUUUGGGUCUGAACAUGACCGUGAAAUUUCAAGGGAUGAUUUGGUUCGACAGUGGAUAACUGAAGGGUUACUGGUUCGUAAUUUGCAUGUGACAGAUCUAGAGAAUCUGGGAAGGAGUUAUUUCAAUGAGCUCGUCAAUAGAAGCAUCAUUGAUCCUUGUAGAACUAAGUACGGAGAAGUGCUGUCUUUCAGGGUGCAUGAUAUAAUGUUGGAUUUUAUCCUAAGCAAGUGUGAUGAAGAUAACUUUAUAAGUUUAGCACACAAUUGUGAAGACAUGGCAAGUUUGCAUGACAACAAAUACAAAGUUCGUCGAUUAUCUAUGAGAGGAGCAAAGUAUGGCCCAAUUAUUGAUGUUAGCCUAUCACAGGUUCGAUCAUUUACACAGUUUGGAAAGUUCACGCCUCCUCCUUCGUUGUUCAAGUAUCUCCGAAUCUUCAGAAUUGAGGGAUUCAUGGAAUCACUUGACCUCACUGCUAUUGGUGAAUUGUUUCAACUAAGGUAUUUGUAUGUUUCAGGAAUAGAUUCUGUGCAGCUCCCUGCUGAACUUCAAGGGCUUGUUUACUUGGGGACACUGGACUUACAUGAUGCACAAAUCAAGAGCAUGCCAUCGGAUAUAGUCAGUUUGUCCCGUUUGUCCUAUCUUCGUAUUUGGAUGGAAACAGAGCUGCCUGAAUUUAUUGGGAAUAUAAAAUCACUUCGUAGUCUGAUGAUAUAUAGAAACAAGCUGACCAGUGACCCGUUGUCAAAUUCGAUGAAGGUUAUUAUAGGUCUCGGUGAGCUCACCAAUCUAAGGGAAUUGAAGAUCGAUGUGGGGUCUUUGGAGAAGCCCGAACGUGAUGCUUUGGCCUGCUCCAUUGGAAAACUCAGCAACCUCAAAAAUCUUAGAUUUAUUGGGUAUCCUAAUGAAGACAAUAAUCAACUGGGAUCGUUAUCAAAACCUUUUCAAAAUAUCGAGCAAUUUCACGGGCCUCUAUGGAAGUUCUGCAGAGUUCCAGUAUGGAUGGGCGGUCUCCAUUACCUUCGCAUCCUUGAGCUAUCGGUCGAGGAGACGUCAACGGAGGAGUUUCAUGUUCUUGGUGAGCUUCCCUCCCUCCUUGAACUCAAAUUCAGGUCAUCACAUAUCCCUAAAGAAAGGGCUGUAUUGGGUACGGGAUUGUUCCCGGUUCUGGAGGAUUUCAAUUUUUGGUCCAUUGAAGACGUUACGGCAUACCUGCGGUUCGAUGAGGGGGCCAUGCCCAAUGUACGAACCCUUGCUCUCCAUAACAAGGAGGAGUGGGACGGCAGUAUACCAGUCGGCAUGGAGUACCUGUUAUGCCUUGAGAAGAUCCAACUGCACGGGGCCUACUCCGGUGAUGAUGCCAUAGUGUCUGCUUUCAGGAGCGCCUUAUUAGUGCACCCAAACCGCCCUUCCGUUCAACAUUGGCGUCGAGAAAAGGGUAGUUUCCCUGCAGGGUGUGGAGGUUUUAUUAUGCAAUGA